AUGCAUGAUCUUCGAACAACUCUACGAAUAGAAAUUCAAAGGAAUCAGAAUGACCGUGAUGCUAAUGAAGGACUGACGCUUGCCAUUGAAAAUUUAAAAAAACAGCUUCAAGUGAGUGCUAAGUUUUACUACAUGAAACAACAACACUUUAUCCUUAAACAAGUUAUUGGAGUAUUAAUUGUCCCGAAUUUAUUAAAUGAAAGAAUAGUAAGAUGACAUUAUUGCCAGCGACGAGUGUUAAGCCGGAGUUUUUACUGAUUUGUUUCGUUUCAGAGCAAGAGCGAGGAAGGUGAACAACAAGAUAAAAAAAUUGAGAAUUGCGAAAUGCGUAUGGAAGGCUUGGAGGUAAUUGCUUUCGUGCGUUGGUUUGCCCAAAGUACUACCUAACGCCCCGUAAAUAAUUCCUACCCCUUGAAAAAAAAUCAUCAGUAUAUACUCCCCUCAACGCCGUACCUUGAAUAACGCACAUCUUUAGUAUACCCUAAUUUUUAAAAAAAAAACUGCUGUCUACCUACCGUUUUUCUCAAAAACUGCUCGUUAAAUAUCCGUUUUUGAGGAAAAAAGAAAACAACUACUCAACAACAGCGUAGAUUUUACCAAAUGUCCCAUGGUUACCCCACCCCGUCAAGUAUUUGACAUUGAUACGAAUUUUCUGUCGUUUCUAAAGCGUCUUUUGGUCAGGAAACUUUUCCCACAAAUUAAAAAUUUUGUUUGACAUACCCUUAUUCUUUGUCGACAACAAAAGUAGUAUGGGAGGGAUCGGUUAGGCUUCUUUUUUGCGGGGAAAUCUCAUUAUCUUGCGGGAGAAUACAUAAACGCCAAUGACGUCAUAACCUUUUGUCUUUAUCUUAUGAAUAAAAUGCAGAGGAAUCUCAUUAAGAUAUGGUCAUGUGCUAUUUUUAAGUGAUUUAACCGGUCUGACAGGUUUUUUAGGUACUUCAAAGUCUGUAAUUAGCUUGGUUUCGUUUGAUUAGAAAACAAGAAAUCUUUUCAUUGGUUAAUUCUGUGACUAAAAAUCACUGAGCUGUAGCGUAAUUAAUUAUGCACCUUUUAUUUUCCGCCGCUGUCAUUGUCCGAGUUUCAGUUCAUGAUUCUUGGUGGGAAAAUCAAACUAGCUCUUAGUAGAACAAAAGACAAUGUUUCACUUACACCGUCCCCUUCCUGCUUCUCUACAAUUAAUUUUCUCACCCUUUUUGUUUUAUUUGUUUUAUUUUAAUUGUUAUUUUCUUCUACAGUAUUCACGCAGUGUUGCUUAACUUUAAGAAUUGCACAGCUUAGCAUUUUUGUUUUCAAUCAACCAACGCAAAGAACUCAAUGAUUACUGCCUAGGUGGUAGUUUUUUUUUCCUUUCCCACAUGGCUACUGCUCCUUAAAAAUUAAUCGCCUGCCUCAUUCCAAGGGGACUGAGUUACCGCUUUAACAGGGUCUUGUCCUUUUUGUUGUUUGUUUUUAUUUUUGUUUUCUUGUUUCUUCUUUGACUUUUUAGAGACGUCUGUCUGUUCUCACAUUUUGCUUAAGACAAGUAGACACUCAAGUUAAAGAGCUCAAUACAAACCUGGAAACGAAGAGACGGCAGGAAGAAGAAGAAAGCUUAAAUAUGAUUCCUUGUUUGAAGUCCGUGUUUCAAGCUACAACUGACAGAAUGUCUAACAUUGCGGACAACAUGAAGAGGCUAGAAAAUAAUUUUCUUCAAAUUGAGAACCGCGUGAGUUGCCCCGUAUUAAACAACAAAGGUGCGGCUGCGUUGAGCUUGCAAAUGUUAAUUUUUGACAUUUCGCUUUCUUAGAGAAAUUUGGGAAAUCUUAACUUGCAAUUGAAGGAUGGCGUCAAUUGUGAGUCAGACCUGAUUGCCGGCGGGUCGCGGAAAAUAACAACCAGCCUCAGUAGAAAGUUAGCUGGAGAAGCUCUAACCAACUAACAUCAACACACCAAUUUUUAUUUCAGGUCCACCAGGAUAUAACUGCUGAGAAACAGACACUACUGAAAACCCUCUUGAAAGAAAUUUAUGAACUCGAGGUGACUUAAAAGUAAUAUAUAGGUUUAGCCAUGUCUGAAAGCGAAGCGUCCAUUUAUAUACUUUUGACUAUUGAAAACCAAAAAUUAGAACGAAUAAGCUUCAGCCUAUUUCCAUUCAAUUUUUCGAGAAACAUUCACUCUGUUCCAAGCCUCCACUAGUAACUCGGAUAGCGCCAACUGGCCUGAGUACGAGGCUGCUCUAUUUGAGCUUCAUCAGUUCUCGUAGCCCCCUAAACUUCAUGAUCUUUUUUACUAUUAACAGAAACCAUAAAUUUCAUGUCAUUUUUAAAUUGAAAACUGUUCUUACAAUUUCCUUCCAUUAUUUCGGAAAAGGCUUUCAGUCGUGUUAACUUUAUUUGUAACGAAAGUAACCAUUCUCCAAAAGAAGCGACCACACGAAAAUAACUGGCGAGACCCAAUGUCGAUUUACAUUAAAUUGUGCUACCUAAUGAAUCCACUCAAUAUUGGACUUCAUUAAUUUCUCGAUCAUUCUAAAGUUGCAAGGUCGUGUGUUUAUAUGCGGGUGGUACAUCACUCAGACUAGUCUUCAAGUAAUUGUGGGUAUGAACGAAAUGGAUUACCAAUCUAUUCCUUUGCAGUUUGUUUGAGGUCAUUAACGUGAAUAUUUUUCGCAAAACGAAUGGAAAUUGGAAACUUAACUUAAAGUCAAGACCGUAUGUUUUGUCAAUAAAAACGGAACAAAAAGCUAACUGAAAGAAUCUUUGUUUAGGAUGAAAAUGACAACUUAUUAAAAUUUGCCGAAGAUGCUCUUGGCCUCAAAGGGCAAGAUACAGGAAGCCAGGUUAAUGAGAAGUUAAAUUCCCAAACUGACUGA